AUGCGCUGGUUUGCUUUUGGAUACGGAGGGUUUGGGCAGCUGGGGGCGGGAGAAGAGCCCGCCUUAACCCUUCCAAAGCCUGUUCAGGUUAUAGGGGCGACUAUAGACAGCAAAGAAAUCGUCAAAGCGGUGCCGUCCUGGAGUUACACUGCCCUCGUGACAGAUGAAGGUUCCCUCCAGCUAUCUGGGUGCAUCAGGGCGAGCCCUCACCAAUUCGUCUCUUUCCCUGGGCUGGAUUGUCACGAUGUUCUUCCAUCUGAAAAAUAUCUUCUUGUUCUAAUGAAAGACCGGGCAGAAUGUUGGGACGUUUCUCACCUGGAUUGUGAAGGAACGUUGCCAGAACCCAUGUGGAAGAUGGCGUUAUCUGAUGUCUCCAGUACUGCUUUCCCCUUGGUAGACAAAGGACACGUAUUGCCUCAGCCCCCAUUCUUCAGGGAACUUACACCCACGCUUCAAGCUAAAAAGAUGGCUCUGGGAAAUGAACAUGCUGUGCUGAUGACAUCUGAUGGGAAGGUGCUGACCUGGGGAGCCGGGAGACAUGGACAGCUGGGGCAUGGAGAUGUAGAAGAUGUCUCAGAACCUCGUAUAGUGGAAGCUCUGCAUGGUGUGACCAUGAGUGAAGUGGCAGCAGGAGGAUGGCACACAGCUUCCAUCAGUGAAAGCGGAGAUUUAUAUUGCUGGGGAUGGAAUGAAUCUGGACAGUUGGGACUUCCUUCAAAGGCUUUACAACAAGAACGUAAGCUAGAUAACGCCGCUCUGCACGUGCCCCACUUAUAUACCUGCACCGUAGACAGCACUGACCUUUGUUCUUCAGGGGUUACCUCUAAUGAAGGACCUUCUGGAUGCCAGGUAGAAGAAGACAGUGACUAUAUUGCAAUUCAGUCUUUCCCGGCAUUGAUCGAUUUACCACAAGAAACUGAAGCAGCAAAAAUCGGCUGUGGAUCCCGACAUACUGCUGCGCUGAACCGUUGUGGUGAGCUGUACACUUGGGGAUGGGGAAAGUAUGGUCAGCUUGGACAUGGAGACACCAAGACUCUGGAUCAGCCGAAACGGGUGGAAUUUUUUUACCAGAAUAAAUUCAGUGUGAAAGAUGUAACUUGUCGACAUUGGAAUACCUACGUAAUGUGUGCUUUGGAAGCAAAAUAAAUUAUUUUUUAAAUGA